UUCCGGCGUGAGCGGCGAAAGCCGGGAGGGCGAGCAGCGGGGCGAGUAGGCAGCGAGCGGCGGCGGCGGCGGCGGCGGCGGGCGCCGGCACGGAGGGAGCGAGCGAGCGAGCGGCCAGAGAGCCAGCGAGGGCGGCCGGGUCCCGAGGGCAGCGGAGACUCCUCAGGUCCCUCCGGCCCCCGCCCCGGAGCCCUCAGCGCCUCCGGUCUCCCGCGGAACGGACACGGCCCGGCCCGGCCAUGGCCUCGUUGCUGAAGGUGGAUCAGGAAGUGAAGCUCAAGGUUGAUUCUUUCAGGGAGCGGAUCACAAGUGAGGCAGAAGACUUGGUGGCGAACUUUUUCCCAAAGAAGUUGUUAGAACUUGAUAGUUUUUUGAAGGAACCCAUCCUGAACAUCCAUGACCUGACCCAGAUCCACUCCGACAUGAAUCUCCCGGUCCCUGACCCCAUCCUUCUCACUAAUAGCCACGACGGGCUGGACGGUCCCACUUACAAGAAGCGGAAGUUGGAUGAGUGUGAAGAGGCCUUGCAAGGAACCAAGGUGUUCGUGAUGCCGCAUGGGAUGCUAAAGAGCAACCAGCAGCUGGUGGACAUCAUCGAGAAGGUGAAGCCCGAGAUCCGGCUGCUGAUCGAGAAGUGCAACACGGUCAAAAUGUGGGUACAGCUCCUGAUUCCCAGGAUAGAAGAUGGAAAUAACUUCGGGGUAUCCAUUCAGGAGGAGACAGUUGCAGAGUUAAGAACUGUUGAGAGUGAGGCUGCAUCUUACCUGGACCAGAUCUCCAGAUAUUAUAUUACCAGAGCCAAAUUGGUUUCUAAAAUAGCUAAGUAUCCCCAUGUGGAGGACUAUCGCCGCACUGUGACAGAGAUCGACGAGAAGGAAUACAUCAGCCUCCGGCUCAUCAUUUCAGAGCUGAGGAAUCAAUACGUCACUCUGCAUGACAUGAUCCUGAAGAACAUCGAGAAGAUCAAGCGGCCCCGGAGCAGCAACGCCGAGACGCUGUACUGAGGCCGGCCGGCGGGGCCGGGGACUGAGUCUGGCCCGAGCCCGCCGCUGCCUUGGUUGGUUGCCUGACUGUGAGGGGAGGCUGGCUGCAGUAGUGAUCGCACCUCUGUUUUUAGUUAGAGUCUAAUGAAGCUCAUCUAGUCCGUGACGUGUUCACCUCUUUUUUCAGGCCUCAGGAACUCUUGUCUCCCUUCCUAGCCCCCGGCCGCGCUCGUGCCCACCGCAGGCGCGCAGCGUUGGCGCAGGACCGAUUCCCUCCCUCACCCGCUCCCGCGUCUUAGCAUUUGGUGAUUGGUUGGGGGCCAGCUGAGGAACCCAAGGGGAAGUGCUAGGUGUGUUUAGGAACCAGGGUAGCCAGGAGACUGUCCUUUUCUGUCACAAGGCUGGCCCGCCGGUCGCCCUGGUCCUGCCAGAGGGCUUCCCUUCUGCACCCAUCUCAUGCUGACCCUUGUCUGGCAGGAGUCCCAUAGGCUUCAGCCCAGACCUUGCUCCUCCCAAUGUGUUUAUAGCGGUGUCCACUGAGGUGCCACCGCACCCUCUGCCAGCUUCCUACACCACUUCUUGCAGCUACCCUGGGCCUCCUCCAGGAGCCCACGGUUGUCCUAGGUGCCUGCCACAUAGGCUAGGGUUCCGGGCCUCCUGCCCUCUGGUGGCAGCCGCCGGGUGCCGGGGGAGUUGCGGCCUGAGUGAGCGAGUGCUGAGAGGCCGAGGCCUGGGCCUGGUCCCCACUCCCUCGGCGCUGCGCCCAGGUGGGGCCUUUGCCCGCUCUAGGCCUUCUGUCUGGGUACUGUGUGUACAGUUGUGUUUCUGGGGAAGGCGUGUGUGUGAGACACAUGCUCAUGGCUCUUGUGUGUGAAUAUGCCAGUAGGGCACAACCGUGGAAGAGUUGCUGCCUCUUGGUCGUCCAGAGAGGCCACUCACUGUCAGGCUCUGUGGGGACCCCGCCAGUCCCAGCUGUAUCCAUUCUGCUGCUGGGGGUCGCUGCGUGCGAUCCACCCGCCCAUGGCCCACGGCUCCCGUCUGAUGUCGGCGCUUCCCCAUGUGUGUCUUCCAUGCCCCAGUUGCGUUUGCAGCCUGGGGCCUGUUGCCCCCACUCCAGAUCUCCCCAUAGAGCUCCGUAACAAACCAACACCCCGUCCGAGCGCUCCCUGCCUGGGUCCCCUUUCUGUUGGUUGUUCCACUGUCCCUCACCCUGCCCUUGGGAUCGUAAUGUAAAAUUCUUUUACCAUGUCAAGAAAUUAUUAAAAAUACAGGUACUUGGA